GCGCAAGGCCGUUUGAUGGUGCCGUCGUUCGUGGAGCCACUGUCGGAAGAAAUGAUCAACUUCAUCAACAAUAUCAACACGACGUGGAAGGCCGGCAGGAACUUUGACGAGAACGUUCCCCUCAGCUACGUCAAGAAGCUGAUGGGCGUCCGCCCUGACAGCAGCAAGUACAGGCUCCCGCUUCAUUACCACGAGGAGAUUCCCGAUGACCUGCCGGAAUCUUUCGACGCCCGUGAAUAUUGGUCCCACUGUAGCAGCAUCCACCUCAUCCGGGAUCAGUCGGCGUGCGGAUCUUGUUGGGCAUUCGCAGCUGCAGAGUCAAUUUCUGACCGAAUCUGCAUCCACACGAACGGCAGGGUACAGGUCAACAUUUCGGCCGAGGAUCUCGUCGCAUGCUGCCAUAGCUGCGGUAAUGGGUGCGACGGUGGGGACACUGCAGCGGCGUGGCAAUAUUACAAGGACGAAGGUAUCGUGACCGGAGGCCUGUACGGCACUGAAGACGGCUGCCAGCCCUACAGCCUUCCACCGUGCCAGCCGAACUGCUCUCACGCGGAACCAACGCCAAAGUGUGAGCACGUUUGCCGCAAGGGCUACGAGAAGAGCUACAACGAGGACAAGCACUUCGCAAAGAAAGUCUACAGAAUACUCAAGGAUGAGACGCAGAUCAAGACUGACAUAUACAAGAACGGCCCUGUAGAAGCCACUUUUCUCGUUUUCGCCGAUUUUCCAUCCUACAAAAGCGGGGUUUAUCAACACCACAGCGAUGAGUUUCUGGGAAUCCACGCCAUCAGAAUUCUCGGCUGGGGCACCGAAGACGGCGUGCCUUAUUGGCUCGUGGCAAACUCUUGGAACGUAGGCUGGGGUGACAAAGGCUACUUCAAGAUUCGUCGUGGAAAGGACGAAUGCGGCAUCGAGGAGGCCAUCGACGCUGGCAUUCCCAAGGAAGACGUGUAG